AUGGCGAAACUAUCGAAAGCCGAAAAGAAGAAGUUGUACUUCGAAAAACUCACAAACCUCGUGAAGACGUACCCUAAAAUUUUAAUAGUGAGCGUGGACCAUGUGGGAUCGAGGCAGAUGGCGUCAGUACGCCACUCACUCAGAGGCAUGGCCACCAUACUUAUGGGUAAAAACACAGUCAUCAGGACGGCGCUCCAGAAAAACUUCCCGGACUCGCCGGACGUGGAGAAGGUUUCGCAGUGUAUGAAGCUCAACACAGGCUUUGUGUUCUGCGAAGCAGACCCGAUGGAAGUGCGCGAGGUGAUUCUGAACAACAGAGUGCCAGCACCAGCACGCCAAGGCGUAAUCGCUCCCUCUGAUGUGUAUAUACCCGCAGGCUCAACAGGCCUCGACCCGUCGCAGACGUCGUUCUUCCAGGCUCUGGGAAUAUCGACGAAGAUCGUCAAAGGUCAGAUUGAAAUACAGAACGAAGUGCACCUGAUCAAGAAGGACGACAAAGUGACGGCCUCAGGAGCAACGCUGCUCCAGAAGCUCAACAUUAAGCCCUUCUCAUACGGUCUGAAGGUGGAAAAAAUUUACGACAGCGGCGCAAUAUCAGACGCAAGCGUCCUCGACGUGACUGACGACGAGAUCCUGGACGUGAUGCACCUGGGAGUCAGCUACGCUAACGCAAUGGCUCGCCAGCUGGGAUACCCGACGGUGCUCUCAGUAGACCACUCGAUGCUCGAGGGCUUCAAAAACUGCAUGGCGCUGGUCGUGGACUCGGACUACGUCUUCCCGCAAAUGGAGGCUCUGAAGAACUUUUUAGAGAACCCAGAAGCAGCUCUGGCAGCAACUGCAACUGUGACCACAUCAUCAAGCGCUGCAGCAGCUGAAGUGAAACAGGAGGAGCCGGAGGAAGAGGAGGAAGACGAAGACAUGGGAUUUUCUCUGUUCGACUAA